AUGCUUAGAUUAAAUUCUCCUGCAAAACUUAUUCUGCUAUUCAAAGCUUUGGUAAUUUUUUCACAAAAACUCACAAUAACCCAGCUCAAUACUCUUGAUAGUUUUCGCUUAGCUGUAGAAGACUCGCUGACUAUAAACUUAAAUGAAUUUAUCUCGGGCCAAAAUAUAACCUUUGCAAUUUCAGGUAUUUUUAAUAUCACUAAUGGUGUUCAGCCGACAAUUAAGCAAAGAUUAGUUCCAAUUCAAUGAAUUGAAAAGACUUUUACUGUUCCUCAGCAAGCCCAAUAUGGAAGCUUAGCCCUUGAUCCUAGAUACUCUAUUAUAUACAGUCUAGAAGGAUCUACUAUAAUAGCGUGGGAUUAUAGUAAUAUUGCUGAGGUUUUUGAAACAAAUACCUAUACCAUUCAAAGCCAGGUAAAUAUUUUAUGUAUUGAUAUAAUUGAGCAUUUUAAUGAUGUUUAUAUAGCAACUGCAGAAAAAGUUGUGGGGAAUACUAAAUAUAUGAUGAGAAUGGUUAAUGCUACUGAUAUAAAAAAUAUAACGCAAAUUGGGAAUGCGUUUAGUUAUACAUAUAAAGAAUUAGCUGACUCAAUAAAUUUUUAUUAUGUGGGAAAUUUUAUGUGGAUUUUUAUGGUGAAUUCUGACGUUGUUAAUAUUUAUCAGUUUGAUCUUGAUUUUAAAAUAGCUCCUUCUUUUUCUAGAAGCAUUUCGCAAGCGAACUUAAAUCAGCCUUCUGUGAAUUUCACAGGAUUAGCGACAUUUAAUAACCUCGCUUAUUUGUGUGAUUAUAAUAAAGGAAUUUUUAUAUUUGAUCUCCUGGCAUAUUUAAUCAAAAAUUCCUCUACAAUCCAAGUCACAAACAUUUUUAUUCAUCCACUGCAAUAUGGAAAUAUAAUCUCAUGCGUAUCUCAAAAUAAUUAUUUAACUGUGACAACCUCAUCUGGCCCAAUUGUUUAUUACCUUCCUGAUUUAAGCUCUCCUCAAACUUAUUUCAUUUUCCAGCACCCCAAUGAGGCAUCAAGUUUAUUUUCAAGUGUAGGCGUAGUCUCUAAUCAGAUAUUCACAAUGGGGUAUUUUAUCAGCCAAAUAGUCAAUAAAGCUAAUUCAUAUACAACCACUUUUAGAGUGUACUCGCGCUCCCAAUAUCAAAAUUCUUCUGUAUUACUUGACGAGUGGACAUGGAAUCUUUAUGGAGAUGACCUAAACAAUAAUCCUUAUCCAGCAUUCUCUGUUAUAUAUCAAAAUGAUAAUUAUUAUUUAAUUGCAAACCCAGGCUCAAGCUUAAGAAUUUUUCAAGUGAUGGAAAAUCCGACUUUACUAUUUGACCCAGGACUAAUUAUUCCUUACACUUAUAAAGCAACUUUAAAUGCUUCAAAUGAUGAAUAUAGCCAAUAUCCUAUCGCUUUUAAUUUUGCUGUACAAGCUAUUUUAAGUGAAAAUUUAAAUAUUUUCCCUUGAAGAGGCAAAUAUAAAAAUCAAGGUUUUAUUGCUCUACAGAAUAUUUCUGAAUAUUUAACGAAUCCUAUUGAUGGCUCUGCCUAUAUUUAUAUCCCAAUAUCAAACUAUGCGAUAGGGCAUAAUGUGAGUUAUCAAUUAGAAUUAUCAGGAAAAAAUGAUAACCCUCAAAACUAUAAUACAACGAUAUCAAUACCCCCAAAGAUCCAAAUCGCAUAUGAGUACGGUAUCUUAGGAGAUAAUAAUUGUCUAGAUCCAUUUGUAUUGUGAUUUCCUUUCAGUUCUUCCAUUUCUUUUGUUAUAACGAUUUGCAAUGGAGUUUUGCAUACUUGAAUAAGCGAUGCUACUUCUUUCAUUUCGAUGAAUAUCAAUAUAGAGCCCAAAGAAGGAUUUACUCAGCAGAUAGCAGCAAUUCAUCAAGCUCAGAAUAACAUGGAAUUACAUAUAUUCAUAGAAAGCACUCAGUAUGCCAAUAAUGAAACCAAUGUGCUAUGGGAAGCGUAUAAUAUAACGGUAUAUGAAGAGCCUUAUUUGAUUUUUAGCAUAGAAUUUUCAGAUUCCAUUCCUAGCAGCAAGCUUCAAAUCAUAAAUGAUUUACUAUUUUCGUUAAGGGGAAAUGAAAUUCAAGUUUUUAAAAUAGAAAUAAGCAGCAAUAAUACAUUUGAAUUAAUCCAAUAUAAUCCUAUCAAUCAGGAUACAAUAGAAGGAAAUAUCAGUUUUAUGCCUGUGGAUUUUGCAAUCGACCCUCUAUCAGGAACGAUGCUCUAUGUAUAUGAUUUUUUUGAAGGAUUAAUAUGUUUUACUAUAGAUAAUGUUACAACCCAAAAUUAUAGUCCUACGAUGAAUGGGAUUUACCAAGGCAUUUUUUUCACAGAUGUCGAAAUGAUUGCAACAAAUGAAUUUCUUUAUAUUUUUUCAAAAAGUGUAAAUCCUGUCAUUAUUCAAAUUUCCACUGCGAAUUUAUUGAAAUAUAGAAAAUUUCCCAGUUUUGGCUGUGUUCCAAGCGACUUUGACGCAUCUUACCAUUAUUUAGCUGUUAUGUGUAGCAGCAUUGAUAAUGUACAAGUUUUAAUUUAUGAUGUUCAUGCUGAAAAUUACUGCUCUUUAUAUACAACUUUGCCUUCAAAAAUUGUUGGCUCAAUCGCAGUUACAUCUGAAGACCAAUUUAAUAUAUCAUAUUUGUAUUAUUUUAAUGGAGACUUUUUUACUGACUCCCCCCCCCCCCUCCGUGAGCGAACAAAAAAAUUUUGUUCGCUCACGGAGGGGGGUUAAUUUUUUUUUUUUAAAAAAAAAUUUAUAUAUAAAUUUUAUAAAAAAUAUUUUUUUCGAAAUUUAAAAAAAUCCUAAUUUGCAAAAAUUGGGAAGCAAAUAUUAAUUUAAUUUGCAAAAUUUAUGUUUUAAAACGCAAUUUGUUUUAAAUUAAACAGAAUUAGCUCUAGAUUUCAUUAUACUAAUUAUCACUUAUAUAUCAAAAUUUUUUUCCAUUAAAAAUUUUUCUAUUAAAAAAAAAUUUUUGUUCACUCACGGAGGGUGGGUUUUUGGUCAAAAAAUGGCGAUUUUUCUAAUGGUUUUGUUCGCUCACGGAGGGGGGGGGGGGAGUGAGUAUUAUUUAGGACAAGUUAGUGAUGAUAACUGACUGCCUUAUUUUCCUAUUGACUAUUUUCCUAACGGAAGCAAUGUGAUCACUGAAUGAGGAAGAUUUGGGAUUCAGUUUGAAGAGUACAAUUUUAGCUCUGCUUUUACAGAAACGUUACAGCUCACAACUAUUGGGUCGAAUUCUAACGCUACCAAUAAAAUUACUGUGCAGUUUUGCAAUAUUGGGAAUUUUUUGGAUCAAAAUGAAAAAUAUAGAUACUUACUCCCCCCCCUCCGUGAGUGAACAAAAAAAUUUUGUUCACUCACGGAGGGGGGGUUAAUUUUUUUUUUUUAAUAAAAUUUAUAUAAAAAUUUUAUAAAAAAAUAUUUUUUUUCGAAAUUUAAAAAAAUCCUAAUUCGCAAAAAUUGGAAAGAAAAUAUUAAUUUUAUUUAUAAAAUUUAUGUUUUAAAAAGCAAUUCGUUUGAAAUUAAACAGAAUUAGCUCUAGAUUUCAUUAUACUAAUUAUCAUUUAUAUAUCAUAUACAUAAAAUGGCGUAUGGCGACCGACCCACCCUCCCAGUGGUGGUUACCCAUGUAUAUCCGGGCAUGGUUUUUGGAGCCAGGAAUUAGCCCAACAACGUCCGGGACCUCGAAGCGAGAGGCCUAAGCGCGAGAACCGCUGUUUUUUGCGACCAGACCCAUGGGCAGUUAUUCGUGACUUCUUUUUGCCAGCAGCGCUCAGCCCAGUGAGUGCCGAAAUGAGGCAGGGUGAAUUACCUGCCUAAGCUGCUUUAGUGGCUCGCCCCGAAUGGCGAAAGCUGUUGAGUUCUUUCUCGGGAUGACCGGAAAAGAGGGGAGGCGAGUUAGACAUCGAGACGGGGGUCUCUCCAGUUGAAAAGGUGCCCUUCAAUGGGCAGAUCUGGCGGACGACGAAGCGGAGUUGGCGUAAACUUAGGCGACGAUCCAAGUUGGAAAUGGAGGUGGUCAGCAAAGCCGGUAUAAGACGGCCCUUGACAAUACCUCUACCGAGAAACCGGGGGUUUCGGCCCGGGCUUGGUGAACGCUCUGCCACCACACGGGAAACCGUGGCAUGCGACCUCGGACGUAGUAGGGACCUUAAAUACCCAGCGUAAUCUUAAUCUUAAUCUUAAUCAUUUAUAUAUCAAAAUUUUGUUCUAUAAAAAUUUUUUCUUAUUAAAAAAAUUUUUUGUUCACUCACAGAGGGUGGUUUUUGGGCAAAAAAUAGGGAUUUUUCUAAUGGUUUUGUUGACUCACGGGGGGGGGAGUUAGAAAAUAACCUCACAAAUUAUCAAGGAAUAGUAGACGUCACAAAUAGUAAUUAUGCAGGAAGCUUGCCUUUAAAUGCAUUUAUAGGAAAUGAUAUUGACUUUGGAUAUAUUUUGUCAAAUGAUCAAGAGCAGCUAAUUUUUUCUAGUGAUACUUGUGAUCCAAACAGCCAAAAUAUAUUUUGUAUAGAAAGCAAAACAAGGGAUAUUGGAGCAAUUUAUAAUGAUACAGAAGUUUAUGAUUUUAUUAUUACAAGUGAUAUGCAGCUUAUAUCAAUUCCAAACAUGCUAGUAGAAAUUCAAUUAGUUACUUUAUUGGAGCAGCAAAUGUAUAAUUUAUCAGAAUUAAACCAUGGAAAAACUGUUGCUUGCGAUAUUUUAUGCGAAAUCCCAAAUAAUUCCUUUUUAUUUGCAGCAGGAUGCAAUUUAAUAGAUGGGGCAAAUAAUACUUUAUUUGUUUUGUCGUUGCUGAAUUUAAAUGAUUUUUAUAAUUCUUAUACAAUAUCAAUUCCUUAUAAAACGUCUAUGCUGGAAUCCUCAAGCGACAAUGAUGGCAAUCUAAAACUUUAUCAUUAUUGUGGAACAGUUUUAACAAUUUUCAAUAUUACAUCAUCUUCAAAUAAUACUUUUUCCCUGUCUCAGUAUGCAACAAUUACUUCGCAAUCAUUAUCAAUAAAUACAUUUAACCCAAUAAAUAUUGGCUUCAUCAAUAACACUUAUCUUCUUAUAGGGGAUUCUCAAAACGGGAUAAUUCGUCUGGUAAAUACUCCGAAUUCAACUCAAGGGAAUUAUAAAAUUUUUGAUAUUUAUAUGCCAAGCGAUAAUAUUCUGAACACUAUUUCUUCAGAAUUAUGCUCAAUGAUUUUAUUGGCCAAUAAGAAGUCUAUAAUUACUAUUAUGUCAAAUGCUGAUGUUUAUUUAAUUUCUCUGACAAAUUCCUAUAAAAUAAAAAACCAUUUCCCGCCGAUGUAUAGUCUAGCAUCUACUCCAUCAGGCUUCCGCACACAUUUAACCCCAAAAUCAACCUUUAUUUCGUUCCCUGUAAUUAGGACAGAAGGAAUUAUUUUAUUAACUCCCCCCCCCCCCUCCGUGAGCGAACAAAACCAUUAGAAAAAUCGCCAUUUUUUGACCAAAAAACCCACCCUCCGUGAGUGAACAAAAAUUUUUUUAAUAGAAAAAAUUUUUAAUGGAAAAAAAUUUUGAUAUAUAAGUGAUAAUUAGUAUAAUGAAAUCUAGAGCUAAUUCUGUUUAAUUUUAAACAAAUUGCUUUUUAAAACAUAAAUUUUGCAAAUUAAAUUAAUAUUUGCUUCCCAAUUUUUGCAAAUUAGGAUUUUUUUAAAUUUCGAAAAAAAUAUUUUUUUUAUAAAAUUUAUAUAUAAAUUUUUUUUAAAAAAAAAAAUUAACCCCCCUCCGUGAGCGAACAAAAUUUUUUUGUUCGCUCACGGAGGGGGGGGGGGGAGUAAGGAUUUUCAACUAUUCUGAAACUGCUUUGAGUGCCAUUUAUAAAGACAUUUCUCUGCCGAAUUCUCCAAAUUAUACCCCUAACUUUGGAGGAAGAUUACAGCUUUAUAGUGAUUUUAAUGGUUAUUUAUGGCUAUAUCACAAUCUAAUGGCUUAUUCACAAGAAAUCACCCCACUCAGUGUUUAUGAAAUUCGGCAAAACCCUCAAGGAUACAUCUAUCAUACUAAUAGCACGUCUAUAAAUUCUAUGAAGUUCCAACUUAUGGGACUUAAUAUUUAUGGGUUGGAGUCCUGAAAUAGUGUGGAAGCCAGGCUAAAAAUAGCUCAGAAGAAAAGAGAUAAAACUAAAAAAGGGGAUGGGCCAGAUUCAACAAGGUCUAGCUGGAAUACAUGGUGGUUUUGGUCAAUUAUUUUUACUUUUUCGACAUUUUUAAUCGGUGGGAUAACUUAUUUGUGCGUAUAUUUUAGAGCUCAAAAUGAGAUUGACUUAACAAGAAAAGAAUCAAAAACGUUUUAUAUUGGAAUGAGUCUUGCAAUACCAAAUCAACAAUAA